ACAACUCUUUAACCUUAAUUUGGCGGCUUCUGCUCCAAAAUAAUACUGUUUUAUUCUUUUACUCUAUUUACAUUACUCUAGUAGAGUUAAAAAUUAUAGCAAAAUGACAUCCUUAACAAAGCCAAAGUCUGAAAUGACUCCCGAAGAAUUGGCAAAGAGAGAAGAAGAGGAGUUCAACACUGGGCCGCUCUCCGUGCUCACGCAGUCUGUCAAAAAUAAUACACAAGUCCUGAUAAAUUGCAGGAACAACAAAAAGCUACUUGGUCGCGUCAAGGCUUUUGACAGGCACUGUAAUAUGGUGCUGGAGAAUGUCAAAGAAAUGUGGACGGAGCUGCCACGAACUGGCAAAGGAAAAAAAAAGGCUAAACCAGUCAACAAAGACAGAUUUAUAUCAAAGAUGUUCCUGAGGGGUGAUUCAGUUAUUCUGGUAGUCAGAAAUCCUCUGGCCACAGCUACAUCAAAAUAAUCAAAUCAAGAUUCUUUCUACAUUUAUAAAUAAAAUUUAAA